UCUGUCCCUCGACCUCAGGUACGAUCUCGCUGCCACGCCGCUGAAGUUAGCUACAACCCGCUGGAGUUUAGUUAAGCUAGUUGGAUAAAAACCUCAUUUCAAAGGUCCAAGGCUUUCCAUCAUGUUCCCUGGGUUCAGUGGGUGAGAGCAGAUGAGUCAUGCUCACCUCCAGUGAAGUUGAAGAUGAGGUGGAUCAUUCAUUUUUCGACAGUGAUGCUGACGACGGUAGCGUCAGUAGAGAAGGACGUGAAACGACGGAGAUUGCACCAGUGAAAGAGAAGCUUCCAGCAAAACAGACUGAAAAAGCAAAUAGUGGUUUGUCCCAGAGGACCUAUGGGACAAAAAAACACCGGCAGAAAGUUAACAGCAACGGAAGCAGUGGGGAAAGUAAAAAGAACAGCUCUCUGUCAAAGGAGGAAAGUAAGCGAAGGGUUUCUAACCUAUCACCUGCAGCCUCUAUGUCAGAUAAAGGCAUCAGCAGUGACAGCAGUGAUGGUGAGGAAGAUUACAAGGUGCUCUCUAAAAGACCCACUAAGACAUCCAUGGCUUUGUUGGAUGAGGUAAAUGAGAGGGACAUAUACAACCAGAGUCCAGAUGAGACUGAAGAAGAGGCGGGGUCCACGUCCAAACACUCGAAAUGGAGAGAUACACAAGCUUCUAAAAAACCGACAAGAAAAUUGCGCAGCCAAAUUCCAUCCUCCUCUUCAACCGAGGACUCCGAAAGCAGCUCUAGCUGUAGUUGUAGAAGGUCCCCCAUCCCUCACAAACCCAAGAAGUCCUCUUUAUCCCCUCGAGAGGGACGGUCCACACAGGGUGGGGCAGGAUCUCAGGACAUGACCACCAGCUGUACAGAGGAGUCGGACGACACAGUGACAAAUGUGAGCCCCCUCUCCUCUCCUGACAUCACCCCCCUGCAGUCGCUGAACCUGAACCACACAGAGGCAGAGGAGCGAAGCCCGACAGAGCCGCAGCAGGAGAGUGUGCCCUCCAGUGGCCUCAGCGAGACACCUCAGUACGAGGACUCAGAGUGCUCCUUCAUUUCAGAUAGUCAACUUGGAGGUGGACCGGCCGCCUCUUAUCCUGGACGGAAAAACCGGAAGAACUUCUCAUUCAACAACAACGAUGUCCAGCGCAUAGAUCAGGAGAACCAGCGACUGUUCCGGGUGCUGUCGCGCCUUUCUGCAGAGCCCGGACCAGAGAGUGCGGCGAAGAAGAAAACCAAGAGAGCCGGCCACUCGCCUGCCAUGCACGUUCAUCACAGCGCAGUUAACAGGCGUCGGGACCAGAAACGCAUCGAGACAGAGAAUCUGGCUUUCCUGAAGCGACUGGAGUCUGCCAAGCCUUCAUAUGGUAUGAAGCGCUCCGAGCAGGAGAAGGAUUACCAGCGACUAGCAUCAUAUUAUGGAGGUCCUGUCUACCCACUGUCUCGGAAAGAUAGGUCCUCCUUCGAAUUAAACUCAGUGGGUCCCAGGUCUGCUAGUUCCACCAGACACAGCUCCAGAGCAGUUUCCACCACCACAGACUCCGGCAGCACGCCUGCACCCACGUCACAAAAACGCUGCAGCUACUCAAGCCGUUUUCAGACAUGAACUCCAGAGUUAUUCCUUUGACAUACGAAGAACACAGCGGGAGUUUCCCAGGUCUCUGGAUCAUCCUCGUCGUCGGUGUCUUCCUUGUGUACUGCAUUGCUUUUUCAUAUUGAGAUAUUAGAUUUUUUGUGUGUUUUUUGUCGGCUUUGCGUCGAUGGAGGUUAGCAGCAUCACCAAUGUGCCCACUCGCUCGCCGUGAAUCAUCCAGAGAACCUCCGGCUGUUCUCUCUCUCACUGGAAUAUUAUCUGGCCUAGGUUGGCGGUUCAAUCCUCACUCUUCCCCAUCUGCAUGCCAAAGUGUCCUUGGGCAAGAUCCUGAACCCCUAAAUGGCCCCUCAUAGAUGUUGAAUGGACUAAUUGUAAGUCGCUUCGGAUAAAGGCGACUGCCAAAUGACAUGUAAUGUAGUGUCAUUUUCCUUGGGGCCGCCAGGAGAAACAGCCCCUUGUGUUUGAACGCAGUUUAAGAAGCACGUUGCUGUAGACCUUGUAUCAAGUUUACUUUUAUGAAGAAGUUGGAAUUAUGUUCUACUCUUUGAUGCUGACGUAUAGCAAACAAUGCUCUCUAAUUAUGCACUCCAAUAGUUCAACUGUGGCUUCUCAUUACUCUUAAGAUCGCUGGGUGCAUUUCUGUAGAGAAUAUUGCCUUUACAUCAACUGCUACUAUAAAUUAUGCAUUACAAAAAUAACAAAAAUUAAUUUAUUAUAUCCGUAAGUGACAUUUUGGUUUAUUUCUGCAAUUUCUCACAAUUGUCAAAAUUCUGAUGUGCUAUAGAAUUAUAAACAAAAUUACAAGGAUAUAGGGAAGUUAAUAUUUGUUGUUAUUAAUAUAUUGAUACUUGAAUAAAAAGGCUGCUCGUUCCAUUAAUAAGAAGUGUGUUAUUUACAUCUUGGAGAACAGUUGAUCUUAAGUAAUUGUCUAACAUUCUCGUGACCAAUUGCCAUAAAACGAAAGAGGAUUUUUAAUGAAUUCUUGUUUAGAACAGAUUGUUAGAAGUGAAAAUCCAGGCGCAGGCUUCAUCUUUCAGUUUAAAGAGGGUUUCAUGAUCUUGAUACAGAUAUUUUAACUAUUGGGUUUACACUGACUGUAGUAACACCAUCUAGACCCACAGUAUAUGACUAGAAUCCCAAAUCUAAGAAAGAGGGCUACACAUAUUGUAUAUUGCAAAGGAUUUUUGAUAAAUGUACCUUUUAAAUUGCAUUAAAAAAAACAGCCUAAUAUUGUAUAUGGUAUAUCUAUAUUUAUCUUACUCAUUCUAGAUUAUUUUUCAAUGUUACUUGUAUGUCUUGAUACAUUUUCCCCUUGUGCUGCCACUAAGAGCUGCUGUGACUUUUGAAUAGAACAGAGCCAUCAUUAAUGUGUUUUACUGUGACAAGUCCAUUUAACAGCAGAUGACGUGUUGGGCGUGACAAUAGAACAUGUGUUGGAAAAAAA